GAGCUAAAAAGGGGCGUAUCUCCUAACUCAGGUGAGGGGCGUAUCUCAUCUCAAAACAAAGCUAUCUGAGCUGAAGUAACUCUGCGGAUCACGGCUACACUUAUCUUGCAGCUACUAGUCCCUGGCUGCCCCAGGGCAGGUCAGGAAGGUCAGGACAAUGGCAACAAGUGAUGAUCUGGGUCAGCAACUCGAUAAUGCUUCCUGUGGUGGUUGUGUGGACGAGGUGGAGAGGCUGCUGGCUAGAGGAGCUCCUGUCAACUGGAGGGACAGUGUUGGAUGGACCGCUCUCCAUACGGCAUGCUACUACAACCACCCUGAUGUAGUGAAGAUACUCACACAGCAAGAUGGCAUCGAUGUCAAUGUACAGAAUACUGCUAAGAACACUCCCCUGCACUAUGCCUGCUGGUGGGGAUACCUGAAGUGUGUCCAGUUACUGAUGGCAACUGGACAGUGUGACCUAGGAGCUGUGAACAGUGAUGGACUAACUCCACUGGGAGAGGCAGUCAGUAGGGGGGGGCUGUACACUAUCAAGUACCUCAUCACAGAGUGCAAUGUUGAUAUCAAUGGAGCUGUGACCAGGGAUGGACUAACUCCACUGGGACUGGCAGUCAGUAAGGGGAAGCUGAACACUAUCAAGUACUUCAUCACAGAAUACAAUGUUGAUGUCAAUGGAGCUGUGACCAGGGAUGGACUAACUCCACUGGGACUGGCAGUCAGAGAGGGGCACCUGGACAUCAUAAAGUUCCUCAUCAUGAAAUGCACUGUGGCUGUCAAUGGUAAUUAGUUAGUAUAGUAAUACAAUAAUUAUUAUUUUGUGCAUAAUUAUGCUGUACAUGGGUUGUCAACUACUAACAAUUAAGUAGGUUGUACAUUUCUCGGUAUUAUUGAACACCUUGCUAACCUACAGUAUGCCUCGAUUCCUUGAUAAGAGGUAUAGGGCCUGCACUGGUCACUGUUUUGCAUCGUUAUUAUAGUAACUUGUUAGUGUAUAACAAUUAAAACAUGAGUGUAUAUACGGAAACCCAUGUGAUGGUAGCUAUAAUAAUUAUUAAUUAUAAAGAGGAUGGACGUUCUGAUGAUCAAAGAGUUAUUCAAGUGUAUCUAGCCUGUAUACAUGCAUGUAAUUAUUAUAGUAGCAAUCAAACAUUUUUUUUGCGCUCGCUCUCAGCACCCUCCUUACUAGCUGCAUUUCCUAGAAACACCACUGUGCUCAGAGAGGUAUAAUUAUUAUGGUAUACUGUGUGCAUGUGUGUGUAUAGACUGCUACAGCUGCUCAAGGAUCAAUGAAGUGCAAACAAGAGUUUCUAUAAUAUAUAUAGGCUUCUAUAGUAUCGUUUUUUGGAUUGCAAUUUGCGGAUUUGCAGUUAUAGCUAUAAUUAUAGGUUUAUUUACUUGGAAAUCCAUCGCAGCCUUUCAGAAGAGUGAG